CAAGUGGUAAUUAUCGACAGUGCUGCAUGGCCGUUGAAGGACCGACACCCGCGACGGCGGCGGCGGCGUCGACUUCUUCCUCUCCCGACCCCUGUCAUGUUGGGGCCUCAACCUUCCCAGAGUCUUCAAGGCGCACGCCAAGCUCCGUGGAGGACGUUUCGCUACAUCAACCGGUGUCGACGACGACGCGGCCAACCCAAUCCUUCCUCUUCAGCCAUGCAGCAUGCGUGCGACACCGGAUCAAAGGCCAUCCUGAGCGACCCGAACGCGUUCAAGUCAUCCUCGAUCGCAUUUUGAACGUCUUUCCCUGUAUGCCGCACAUCACGACUUUCCCCGCGGCGACAUUGGAGCAGCUGCAUGCGUUCCACACCCCUCUACACGUAAACGCUGUCUUGAAGUGGUGCGGCAAGAUCGAGCGAUCCAUGGACGAGCUCGAUCGCAUCGCCACCGAUCCCCGAGCCACGGCCGCAACCAGACGGGACACGUUGCUGCAGUACUCGAGCCUAGACAUCGAUGGAGAUACCACGAUCAUGCGAUACACACGCGAGGCCGCGCUGCAUGCUGCGGGCGCCGCGUGCGCGGCUGUGGACGCCGUCAUGACCGGCGCGUGUGCGAAUGCGUUUUGCGCCGUGCGGCCGCCGGGGCAUCACGCCGAGCCGCACAAAGCGAUGGGGUUCUGCUUCUUCAACAACAUCGGGGUCGCCGCCAUGCAUGCGAUCGCGGGCCACGGCGUCCAGCGGGUGGCCAUUGUCGAUUUCGACGUCCACCACGGCAACGGCACCGAUACCAAAGCCCGGACACCCGACAUGGCGCACCGAUUGCUUUACAUUUCCACACAUCAGAAGCCGCCGUGCUUCCCGAACUCUGGGCACGCCAUUCGCAACAGCAGCAACGUGUGCAAUGUCGAAAUGGACGCUGCUACGUCAUCGUCGGCUUUUCGGAGCAAGUUUCGAACCGAGGUUGAGCCGACAUUGCGCGCGUUUGCCCCGAACUUGCUCUUGAUCAGCGCCGGCUUCGACGCCCACCGCGACGAUCCGAUGGCAAAUGUGAAUCUCAUGGCGGACGACUUUUACUGGGUCACUUCUCGGCUUGUAUGGAUCGCGUCGGCGGUUUGCCAAGGCCGAAUCGUGUCAGUGUUGGAGGGGGGUACGUCGAUAGAUUGUGUGCAGACUUUGAUUGUAUGGUUUUACGAUAUUGGACUUGAAGGUGUCAAAAGGUUUCGCCAAAUAGCAUGCGAAUCAAGUUAAGCUUGUAUACACUAUAUACUACACUGCGAAAAGAGUAUAUUUGGUUGUUUUGCCCAACAGCCCAAUCAAACGUUUGAAUUGGUAGACAGCACGUGUGAUUUGAUUGGCUUAGACGGUUCUUUAUAAUCCAAUCUCGUAAGAUAUUCGAUGCUCCUGUUUCGAAUCGAUUUGAACGUACGGGAUUUCGAAUCGUAUAUCCACAAAUCACCCGAUUUUCUUGGAUAUAUAUAUAUAUAUAUUGUCCUUUGAACGCAAAAGUUGGACUUUUAUGCUGAUUCGCCUAAUCCACCAUCGAUCGAUAUAUUGGUUGUACUGAAUUUUGGUUCCUGUUAUGUAAAAAAAGUUGUGGGGAUUGGAAUCACACUAAUUUAGGUAUCUCACACGAAUUCGAUGGGAUUGAUGGUUUCCUGCAAUCUGAUUGGCUCAAGAUUUCGUCCGAGUCUUGUUUGGUUAUGUCGUCGAUGCGUUCGUUCUGUAUAUCUACAUUCAUCGCUCCAGUUUAGAAGAAUAAACACAACAGUAAUUAAUAUAUAUAUAUAUAUACCUACCAAUGCGCUUCAUUUCCCUCGUUGAAUGUAUAUAUAUAUAUAUACCGUAGUCAACCGUGGAUGUGUAUGUAUAUAUAUAUAUUAUAGGGUAUCAUUUACGGGCACUAGCCGACUCUGCGGAAGCGCAUAUCCGAGCUUUAACCGAAGUGGUUCCAGUCCUGAAUCACGAGAACGAACAAGACCAGAUCGUGUCUAUCGAAUCAGAUCUCUGCGACAGCGUCCAAGUGCUUUCUAUAACAGACCACCCGCCUUCCUUACGUGUGACACUGUCCAGCUUACAAGGCAAGUCGAAAAAACUCAAGUCGGUGGCGGUGCUCUUAAGUGGAAGUACCGACGCCCAGUGGACCCAACUUUGCGUAGCGGCCAAAACCAAACUCAACAUGAAAAAGACUCAGAAACUGCGCACCAAGCGCGGCGCUGUCGUCGAAAGCGCCGACGCCCUCUUGACCCUCCACAACGAUGUCGUGCUGUACAUGUCCUAACCACCCCCGUUUGUAGAUAUAUAAUAUAUAUAUAUAACGUUAUUGUCAAGCCAAA